CGUCCAUGAACAAAUGCAUUUUCUGAUUUCAUCUUUGAUGAUCGAAUCGCCACAUGUUUGAAAAGUUUAUACGGAUUUACCUGUAUACACAGGUACGCGGCAUAUUUGAUUGAACUUAGCGUUCCCUAUUCUAUACACAGGUUAUAAUUAACAGUACUACAAUUAGCAACUAAAGGAAUUUGACAGCUUUCGCUUUUAAUAGACUAAUUGAGUUCACUCCACCAUUGUCCAAAUCAAUACUUUUAUCAUAUAUAAAUCAACGAUUUUAGUGAGGAUCUGCAGUACACAAGGAAAUAUAGACAUUUUAUUUAGAAAUUUUGUUAGACUUGAAGGGUUCAAAAAAGAUUUAUAAACUGCAUUUGAAAAGAAAAUAGAAGCAAUAAUAUUAAAAAAGAAAAUGAAGACAUUAGUAACAGUAAUACUUUUUGUUGCUAUUCUAUCGAUGAUACAAUGUGCUGAUCCUGAAACACCACCACAGAUCACAAGUCCAUUCCAAGAUUCAUAUUAUAUGAAAGAGGAAGAUGAUACGCCAAAAAUGUUCAAAUGUAGUUCUACCGGAAACCCUGCCCCAACAUAUGAAUGGCGUAAAGAUGGUAAAGUCAUCGUUAACAGCCUACAGAUAACUUCGAACACAAUGACAGGAGAAUUGACUAUAACCAAACCAGAGGUAGUUGACUUUGGAACCUUUCAGUGUUUUGCUUCUAAUAAACAUGGGUCGGCAAUGGCUGCACCAUUCAAAGUGGAAAGAGCAGUUAUUUUGAGCUUUAGUGAUACACAAGAAAUAAGCGUAGAUGCUACUCAAUACAAGGAAAUGUCGAUACAGUGUAAGGGUAAACCCAAAUGUGUACCAGGUAAUGAGUGCAAGAUAGAAUGGAAAUUAGGGGAAGGAACCAGUAAUACAGUGGAAGAAUCUAAACGUAUAGCUGUUGAUAAAGACGGUAGACUACAUUUCCUGUUUGUUGAUCUUGGUGACGAAUCUACAGCAGCAGAUCCCUAUGCAUGUGGUAUGAACAAUGAACUGAUGAAAGCUUUCUACAAGGGUGGCAAUGUCAUCAUGACAGUCAAAAGAGUUACUAAUCCUGUUCAGCUUAAACCAAAGGUUCAAUUCAGCCAGGAUGUGAAAGGUUUACUAGGGGGAGAGGUGGAACUGCAAUGUGUCUUUUCUGGAUAUCCAUUACCAGAUAUUGAGUGGUAUUCACCUGAAAACACCAUUAUACAGCCAAGCAGCAAGUACAGUUUUAGGGACGGAUCUAUUAGGAGAAAUCUUAAGAUUAAAAUGUUAAGUGCCAGUGAUGAGGGAACAUACACCUGUGCAGCAUUCAACAUAGUUGGUAGAGUUGAAGCCAGGUUAUAUCUCAAUGUUACAUCGAAGCCUAGAUUUCCAGAAGGUCAGAUUUUUGAGUCUCAAGUUGUCCCAAUCGGAGACAAUGCUGUGUUCAGAUGUAAUAUGGAAUCCAUGAGAGGAGAGAAUCCUCCAUCUAGGCCAACUUGGAGAAGGAAUGGUGUAGUAUUGAGCCCUAGUCAAAUUGGCAGCAGUUCUUCACAGAAGUAUCAUUUAAGUGAUGAUGGAACAAUUCUCACCAUAAAAAAUGUACAGAACCCAGGUGACUCAUGUAAUAUAAUGUGUCAAACUUCAAACGUUAUAAUUGAUGUAAAUGGCGCUGAUGCUGAAUCUACAAGUUACGCUGAUGCUUUUCUACGGGUUAUAGAUCCAAUUACUGUACAACUUCUUACACAAGCUCAACUUGAGAUAGAUGCACCUGAGCCAUUUAGUAUGGCGUUUAGUGCUACCACCGAUCCAUCUGUACCAAAACUAAUCUAUAAGUGGUCACUACUGGGAGCCAAUAAUGAGACUUAUUACGAUCACAACACACUGAUGAAUAAGCCAUUCGUUAGCUUUAAUAUAGACAUGACCAAUCUGACCAUUGAUCCAGCCAAGGUUAACAUGGACAAUGAUGAUGACAAGGUUCGAGCGGUCAUCGGAACGUACCGAGUCAAUAUUUCACAUACACAUGACUGGGAAGCGAGAAGCUUUGAAAUUACGAGUAACAUUAAACCUGCAACUAAAGCCCCUAUUAUAAGCUCUGCUGGUUUUGACCUGUGGAUCAUAGGAGUUAUUUUAGGAGUAAUAGUUCUACUCAUUGUUGUCUUCUUUAUCAUCUGCACCUUGUACAGAAACAGAGGAGGAGAAUAUCCAGUUGAUAAGAAGGAAGUUGCAGCUGGACACGAUCCAGCUCAAGAAUUAAAGGACAGUGGCUUUUCAGAUUUAUCUAGGGCGGACGGAGAAAAGACUCCCUUUGAUAAAGUAUCGUUAUCCGAUGAUGUGAAACCCUUGGAAAGUGACGAAGACAGUAUGAUGGGAGAUUACGAUGAUGAUGCUGAUAUGACCAAAUUUAACGAAGAUGGGUCAUUUAUUGGAAUAUACAUGGACAAAAAAGGUCAAGAUCAGACUCCUGUACAUCAAACUCAGUCAACUGUCUAAAUAUAUAUAUAUGUAUAGAUGUUAGAUAAAAUGUUCUAAAAUCAAAGUGCUCACAGUACUGUAAGAACAGGUCUAAUGUGAAAGUGCUUGAAAUUCUGUAUUGAAAGAUUUUGAAAUGAAAGUUCAUGCAGUACUAUAGGAAUAGGUUCUGAGUUUAAUAAAAGUACUGGAAGUGCUAUAAGAGUAAAACUAACAGUACUCUUAGUUUUGUUUUACAUUUAAAAUAUCAAUUGAAUAUCUGAGUGUUGCUUCCAUAAAUUAAAUUAAAAAUAAAAUUGAUGUUAAGAUUAAAUGAAUUCUGUAACUCAAAUUCUAUCAGGAAGUUCCUUAAACUUUAAAAAUAUUUUGGCAGUUUAGAAGACUUUCAAAUAAUUAUAAAAGUAUUGAUUAAUAAUUCGUAACACAUUUGUAGUUUUAAUUGAUUUUUAUCAAAUUAUGUUCUACUUUUUCACUGUAAUUUAGUAAUUUAGUAAGUGAAAAUUAUUUGAAAAAACACAAAUCCAUUUGUAGAAAUUUAGUGAUAUUUGAUGCAAUAAUUUCAUAUUUUAGAGGACUAUGAUCUCAUUAUAAUUCAUCUUCAUUUCAUCUUUCAUUUCCAUUUUAAUUUUGACAAAUAUAUGUGCCAUAUGAUAGUUCAUCUUGUAUAUACAUUUAAAUUUAUAUAAAGUAACUUUGAAAAAAGUAAUAACGAAUAGUAUGUCAUUUAGGGGUUAGCAAUACAAAUUAUCAUUUCAUUUUAAUAAAUGUGUAUUGUAUUAUGUGAUUUAUUAAAACUAUUUAUGAAAAGUUUGAAGAUCAUGUUCAAAGUCAAUAUUUUGAAAAUUUCAAAUAACCUUUUUGACAUUCUUAAGAAUUUGUUUCAUUGGUGGAGGAUUAUCCCUUUGUAAGGUCUCUUAAAAAUUCUACUCGAUGUACUAGUGAUUGUAAAAAACUCUUUCAAUUGUAAAUCCAGAAGGACAAUCAACAAGAAGUAAUGAGCACCUUCCUGUACAUUAAAUAAUUUGGUGUUGUCUCCGUUUAUUGUUUAUCCAUUUGUACAUAUCUUAUUUUGGAAUCCAGGGAAGAAUGUUUUGUCUCAUUAUUCUCGGUGAUGGGAAGUUUCAUAUAUAAUAAAACAACAUUUUCUAAUUAAAUGGCAAAUUGAAUUUAACUGGAAAAAAUAUUUUCAAGAUGUAUAUACUUGGACUUUUAAAAGCUGCUGUUCACUUUCUUUCUAGAAAUUUAUAAAGAAAAUAUUUAAUUUUAUUUAUUUGUAAAAGUUAAGAUUUCUAUGAUGUUGUUAAUUUUUAUCUGAUUUAAAAGUAUGAAUUUUUGUAUUUACAGAUUUUCAUCACCUAAGCUUGUCAUUUUUUAUUUGAUUCUUUCUUUUUUUGAAUAUUUGAUUGAUCUAAGGUGGUACCCAACACCUAAACUAAAAUUAAUUUGGCUCGUUUAAUUUUAUUAAAAUUUUGUCAAAGUAUUUACUUUGACCCUUUGACAAAAAUAUAAAAAUUUCAAAUAAUUUGAACCAACAGUUUAAUCAGAAAAAUUACACGGGUUAUAUAGCAGUUUGACAAACAAUAGUUUUGAUCGUUUAGAAGCUUAAAAAUCCCUUAACAUAUAACGUCAUUAAAACGUUCCACUGAGUUUACAGAGUUAUCUCCCUGUAGUGUUAGGUACCACCUUAAAGCCACAAAAAUCCUUUCAAUAUUCUAAAAGGAAGAUUGCAAAUUAGAAAUCAUGAAAACACCAGUUUUAUGAAUUCUACAUUACAUACAUUAUUUAAUUAUUUCUAAUAUGCUUGAGAGGUACGAUUUCCAUGAUUUUAUUAUUUUGACUUAUGAUUUGGCUAUCUGUAAUUGAUAAAAAUAUCAUGUGACAUUAUAGGAAUCAUAAUUUAAUAUCCAUUCUACUUACAACCACAAAGUGUUAUUCACAACAAGACACAAAUGAUAUUAACCAAUUAUCAUAGGUCAAAACUUCAAAAUCCUAAAUCUCCCACUACUUUAUUUGAUGUUUAAGUUUUGCACCUUUUAGUUUGUUUAUAACAAGACUAUUGCUAUAUUAUACAAGUAUCCCAUUUUCUUUGAUAUUUAAGUUUUGCACUUUUUAUUUAGUUUACAAGGUGUCUAUUGCUUUACUAUACCAAUCUCCCAUUUUGUUUGACAUGUUAGUUUUGCACAUUUUAUUUUUAGUUUAUAAUGAGACCAUUGAUAUAUUAUAUAGGGUUACUCCAUGGUUAAAAUUCUUGGGAAUGGAAGUUGAGAUGCUGCAGACACCAACAAGAUGAUGAAAGAAUUUUGGUAAAAAACCGAGAGCUUUGUAACAAACCAUGUAAUCUUUUACUAAUCUGUCAUCUCCAUACCAUUUUCCAAAAGCAAUACCAGGUACCUGUGUGUUUUCUCCUUUGUUUCAUGUCUGCCCUGUGUAUAGUGUAUUGCACACAAAAGUAAAUUAUUUAAAACGAAAAUCAGAUUUUCCUUUUUAAAUUUAUUUCAUUUGGCACUUGAUUCUUGUAUCAAAAAUCUUUUCAAGGAAAUCUGAAAUCUUAAAAGUCUGCCAUUUAAAUAAUUUGAUUUUCUUUUUCAAAUUAAUCACUUCAUUCCUGCAUCAAAAAUCUUCUAAAGAAAAAAUGAAGUGUUAAAAGUCUGUCAUUUGUUUUUCUUUCCAUUAGAUAUUGAAUUAUUGUUGCCAUUAUUGCUGUGUGCUGCAUACCAAAUUCAUCUAAUACAGUUUGACUUUUCAUUAAUUGCUUCUUAUUAAGAUACUGAAAUGAAUGACAGUAAAUACAAACGAAACGAGAGUUUUCCCCUGCACAUUACCUGGUUUGUUGAAAAUCUUCACUGUAGCUUAAAAUGGCUGAAAUAUCGUAGAAAUGUAAAAGUGAUUACACAUUUAGACAAUUUUGCUAAUCGGGAAAUUUUGAGUAUGAUGCUAGUUUAAUAGAUUAAAUAAAUGGAUAUUGAAUUAAAAUGGAGCUGGAUUUUAAUUUGUCAGUGGUUCAAAGAUUAUUGGAAAUUAAUUUGCCUAUGUGAAAACAUAAGAGUAUUGACGAAAGUGACCAUUUCUUGUUGCAUUGUGUGUUAAACUCCACAAAAAUGAAUAUCAGUUUUCUUUCAAAAAUUUACACACUCUACUAAAUAAAUUUGACCUAACCACAAUGCAUCAGCAAUAUGUCAUCUUGAUCAAAUGAAACACUGACAAUUAGAAUAGCUCCUACAUUACAGGUGAUAGGCUUAGUGUAUAAAUGUUAUGAAUUUGCAGCAUCUCUGCUUUGCAUGACCCCACAUGGUGCUUACUAAUUAUACAGUAAAGAAGAGCCGUUCUAAUAAUUAUUAUAAGGAUUCAUUAUGAGUCUAUUUUGUCAUUUUUAUUGAUUUCAUUAGGCAAUAGGUAUAACAAGGCCUCUUUUGGAUUCCUACAUUUUAAAUUUUACAAUUCUUUCAAAAUAACGAAAAAAUCUCAGGAGUAAAUAAUUUUUUGAAAUUUGUCUUAAAACAUUUUUAGAACAAGAAUUACUUUUGAUUCAGAAGUUUUUGUGUGGAUUAAUUAUGGCCGUUAUUGAAUAGUGAUCAAAACAGUGAGAUUAGUAAUUGAGAUUGCAGAUGAUGAGGCAUAGAAAUGAUGCUAGCAAAUAUAAAUGCUAAUUUCCAUAUUCACAAAACUAAUGCCGUCACAAUAGUUUUUUUGCUAUUAUAAAAAUCACCACAAACAUUUCUGAAUAAACAGUACUUAUACCUAUUAGAUCCAUAAAUAUUUAUGUACGAUCUUUAUUCUUUUACACUUUAUUUGCAAUUUCAGGGAUGAUUUAAAUUGUUCUUAUCAUACCUAAUCCUAUAAAGAUAUUGAGAUUUGAAUGUUACCAUAAUAACAAUGAGAUAUGAUGUUGAUUUCAUAAUACAUAACAAGGGAAUUAACUCUAUAGAAGUUAUAGAAAUGCUUUAUAAGCAUUUCUAAUCAUUUGUAUAUUUUAAUGGCAUGGUAAUAAUAAAGCAUCUUAAUUCAUUAACAUUGCGGAAAGUAACAUUGGAUACAUUGUAAAAAUUGUAAUUGCUAAUUAAGCAAUGAGAAAGUUUUAAAUUGAUUCAGUUGAUUUGUAAUUUUUUCUCCAAAUGAAAAACAUGAACAAAGAAACAAUAAGAAUGUCAUUUACCUUCUAGUAGUAAGUCUAUUGAAUGUUUCUUAAAUGUAGUAACUCAUGUAAUUUUAAGUGACAAUUCUGUUAAAAAAUCAACUUUUAUAUGUAUUCACAUAUCAAAUUUAAUGGCGAUUAUUUUAUAAAUAAAUUUUUAUUUAGAAGCAUUCCAUAUCUCUAUAUACUAUCUGUUUAAUGUCUGCUCAGGUCUCAAACUGUAUUGUCAUACAUGUUUUCGAACAUAGUUUUGUUUUAAGAAUUUCUUUCAGCUUGUCUAUUGUAUUUACCAAAUAUUCUUAUUUUACCAAUUUAAUUAGAGUGAGUUAAAUAUAAUUAUUAUAAGCAGUAUAUAUUCACUUGUAAUUUAUGUUGCGGUUAUUAUUUGUACAUUGAUACAUGAAUACUAUGCCUACAAACGAACAUAAACAUCAAAGUAAUUCACAAACUAACAAUGUUAUCUAUGAUAUAUUUCUAAUGUGUAUCACUUUAAUUUUACAUUAGUUUGAAUGAGAAGAAAGUUAUAAAUAUUGUCAGAUCAUUUUUUAUGUAAAUAAAUUUUAAUUAAAAGAGAAAAUUAGAAAAAUACACAUUAUAAUGCAAUUUGUUGUACCUCUGAAUUUCCUAAGUGUAUAAAUUUUUAAUCGUAGAAAACAUAGAGCAAUAAAAGUCAAAUUAUGUAUGUAACUUAACAGAAAGUGAGAAAAUUACCAUUUAUAAUGUUAUCCAUUGUAUUUCUCAUUGUGUACAAUGUAUUUCAAACACCUAAAAUGUUUGGAGAAAAAAGAAAUGAAUACUAAUUAUGACUUUUAUACACAUUACUUUUCUUCAGACGUAUAUUUCCUUAAUAUUUGCACAAAUAACACACAAAUAUACACAUAAGGUUAUAUAAAAAGGUUGUGCUUCUUUACAUUCUCAGAUAUAUACAUAUUAUUUUUACUGUUAUAAGUUUAUUUUCUGUAAUCAGAUAUGUGAUUUUUUAAGUCAACUUAUGUCAUUCCAAAAUUCUAUUUACCUUAUUGUUUUUCUGAAGCAAGGAUAUCCUUUUCUUGUUCCAAGUCAGAAGAUUUUUUUCAGCAAGUUUUGAAAGGUUUAUGUGUUGCCUUCUUUACCAAUUAGAUAUGGUUAGAUUUAUAUGUACCACCAAACGUUGAUUUGCAUCAAAUACUUCAUGUAAUACAUUCUGAUAGAAAGACAAUGAUUUACCAUUUAAUAGCACAAUAUUAGUUUUUAAAGUAAUUAUUGUAAAAGUUGAAAAAGAUAGAGUUUCUUAUUGAUUUAUAAGCAUUUUUAUUCUUAGAAACAUUGUAGUAUAUGCAUUUAAAGUAGAAUCUUUGAUUGUUAUUAUAUAUUCCCAUGAAAUAGAAACAAUUCUUAUCAAUUGUCUAUGAAAUGUUUAGUUGUAGCAGUUUCAUAUAACCAAAACUAAUUUCUGUUCUUUCCUAAUUUGAAAUACUACAUACAACAUGUAUUGCUUUGUGAAAGGUGAUCUAGAAUUAAGCUAGAAUGUCUUAUUUUUUCAUCUCUUUGCUUUUAUAUUUUUAAUGAAAGUAGUGGGUAGGUGUCAAAGUGUAAAUGUAGGUUGUGUAAUUAUUAGUAGAAAUGUAGUUUGAAACUUUCCCUUUGAAAAGUAUAAGUAGGGCCAUAUGUGACAUUAUAUGCCCUGCGUGUAUGUUCUCAUAUUAUUUUUAUUUGUACACGUGUGAAAGGUGGUCCAUAUGGUCGUAUGACUUUGAAAAAGUCUACAUGAUAUAUUGUUUUCUUUUUACUCUUUAUUUUUUGUGAACAUUGAAUGUGUCCAGUCUGUGCAAUUUGUUAUUGCCAAGGCAAAGUAUUGUUAUAUUUUUAUACAAAAUAGUUCUACGCUGUCUCUGAUCUAAUCACUAUUAACAUGACAAAAGUGCCCUAAUCUGAUGUCUGGUGGGGAUUUUAUGCUGCUCUGCCACCUUCAAGAUGUCCAUUUCUUCAGCAUUAGUGCCCAGCCAGUUUGUUAUUUGUUAUUUCUGGCUUGCCAGGUCAGCUGUAGGAAUGGCCAUGUCGAGGGUUGUAUGACAACAUUAAAUAUCCAAUCAGGUUGUCAGAUUUGCUAGGACAGUCAUGUGAGGGUGUCUCUAGUCGCUAUGACAACAGUGCCCUAACCAGUGACUUUUGCUGGUUUGCUAGGUCAGUCAUGUGACUGGAGAGUCUGUGGUUGCUAUGACAACAGUGCCCUAAUUAGUUCUUAAUUACUAUGUAGACCAGAAGGUUUUGUCACAUUGAAAUUUUUAUGUCAUAGCUUUACAAAUCUGUUUAAUAAGGAAUCAAUAUUCAACAAUGUGACACAAAGUAAGGUAAUCUAAAGGUUAAUCAAAUGUGAAGUAUAAAAAUUUAAUAAAUGUCACUUUUUCAGUUUGAUUUUAUUUUGCAAAGAUAAUUUGACAAAUACAUUGAUUUUUCCCUGUCAGUUAAUUGCAACAAAUGGUUUCCCUUUAGUGAACCUUAUGGGUCCAGAUCUUCUGCUUUACAGUAAUUUCCUGAUUUGCUAGGUCAGUCAUGUGAUCACAGUCAUUGGGUCAGGGACAGCAGGUAUUGUUUAUAUAUAUAUAUUUUGAAGUAGAUUUUUAUAAAAAUAUUUUUUUUUGAAGAAAAAAUGGAAAGACAUUCCAAACUCCUAACUUACAAUGAUUGUAAUUAGCGCCAGUAUUUCUGUUUUAGUUUAAAAUUAUAUGCUACAGAAAAGAACUGUAAUACGAUAUCUAAUACAUUAAUUGUGUUAUUUUAAACCUUAUUCCUACGUUAAUAUUGCACAUGGACUAGUUCAGAAAGGGAAGGAACUGUUUGAUAUGGAUGUUUAAGUUGAACCUGUCUGUUUACCAGUAGUUUGACUGCAGAGAGUAUUUACAUUAUAGAAGGCUGAACCAGUAAUUUUAGACAUGUGAAAGACAUGUUAAGUGUUCAUGAGAUGGAAGUACUUCUACUAGUAUAUGUAGCAUUAUCUUAAUGUUUUAGUUUUACAUUGGUAAAGUUGUAAACACAUGAACUUGAUAUGUUCCUUCUCAUUUUCUGGAUUGUCUUGAUAAAAUAAUAAAAGCUUU